CGUGGGGUAGAUUUAACCAAUGCCAGCAUAUCGUUCUUCUCCAUGUUAAAGUUGUAACUUCCGGUGGCAUACACCCUGGAGGAAAGAUUAGUAUUUGCCACAGUAUUCAUGCGUUUAUGAAUUUGUUAAAUAUUCUUAGGAGUAAUAAUGAUCUUGCUUGAGAUCAAUAACCGCAUUGUCGAAGAAACGCUGUCUGUGAAAUUCAAGAAUGCUCUUUUAGGCCAUAAACCAGAAUCAACUGACAUUACGAUAGCUGACUUUGAUGGGGUACUUUUUCACAUUUCUAAUGUUGGAGGGGAUAAGACAAAAGUGAGAAUAAGUAUCUCACUAAAGUUUUACAAAGAAUUGCAAGAGCAUGGUGCUGAUGAACUAUUAAAAAAGGAAUAUGGCCCUCUUUUAACACAAGUGGAAGAUGGUUACAAUGUUUCUGUUUUGGUUGACUUAGAAAAUGUUCCUGAAGACUGGGAAAAUGUAGUAAAAAAGAUUGGUUUAUUAAAAAGAAAUUGUUUUGCAUCAGUAUUUGAAAAGUAUUUUGAUUUUCAAGAAAGAGGUGAAGAGGGUCACAAAAGAGCUGUCAUCAACUACAGAAAUGAUGAAACCUUGUAUGUUGAAGCUAAGGCUGACAGAGUGACAGUGGUAUUCAGCACGAUCUUCAAGGAUGAGGAUGAUGUUGUUAUUGGCAAGGUGUUCAUGCAAGAAUUUAAAGAAGGAAGACGUGCUUCCCACACAGCGCCUCAGGUUCUGUUCAGUCACAGGGAACCACCGCUUGAAUUGCAAAACACAGAUGCACGUGUUGGAGAGAACAUCGGGUACAUUACAUUUGUUCUCUUUCCAAGACAUACUGCACAAGCAACACGUGAUAACACCAUCAAUCUAAUUCAUAUGUUUCGGGACUAUCUGCAUUACCACAUUAAGUGCUCCAAAGCCUACAUACACUCGCGGAUGCGGGCUAAGACUUCAGACUUCCUGAAGGUGCUCAAUAGGGCGCGGCCGGAACCCAAGAACGUUGAGAAGAAAACCAUCACGUAA